CCUAUCACUAGAUAAUCUACCAAGCAUUAAGUGUUUACAAAGAUACGACACUUACUGAGAACACCUGAAAAAUCUUCGCCUCUCGUUUGACGGAGUUUAAAAAGGUAAGGGCUCGGUAACUGUUCUUUCUCUCGAAUGCAAGAAAUUAUAGCUUCACUUGAACAAUUCUGGGAUGCAAAGUUUCAGAAGGACUAAUUUACCCGAAAGCGUUGUGUUUCAGUUGUUUGGCGCCCGCAGGGAAAUUUCAUCACAAAAAUCUAGGUUGAAGUUAACAAUGAAGUUUUGAAAACUUUCGUCAGCCGAAACGUGAUGUGAUUAUACAUACACAUGUACAGUUUGCUGAAAUUUAAGAAUUUUAUAAAUUUGAAAAUGGUUUGGUAAUAAGCUAUUGAUAACGACGAGACAGCUUAGUCACAUAGUUCAGUGCCAGUUUAACUACCAAAGAACUCAUCAGUUUUAAAAUAUUAAUGAUAAAAUGUACUCAAGAAUUUGCCGAGUGCAACUGGAGUAAUUUACAGAAAAAAAAGAGGGCUUUCCUUGCACGAUACGAGAAUGUUUCAAAAGUGUACAACAUUUUUGUUGCUUCGUGGUCAAGUGGUCUUUGAAAUUCCAAGGAAAAGGGUCUAACAAACCUAGACAGUGCUCUUAACGAGAUUGGAGGCAGCUUUUCCCGCAUCAACCGGUAAAACAUUAGUUUCUCUACAAGUUCUAAGCUUAAUAACAACACUUGUCUGUAGUUGAUCAACGAAGUCGGCUUAAAAUGUUUGAAGGUCUUUCUACGCUGAUUAUUUUGAAUGUUUUACGACUGCACGUGUACGUUUAAAGGCGUCGGUACUUGAUAAAACGUGAUCAAACAUGUAUCACAUAGAGCAAUUAAACCGAUGCACAGAUGGAAAGCGACUAAUAUAGUUAAAUGAAAGAAAUGAAAACGCAUUGCUAACUCAAUGCGUUGGGGUGUAAUCUAUGCCUGUGGUUUCAUCGGCACAUUGGCCAGAAGCUCUGAUGUGAAUUUAUCCAAUAUGCAUAAAACCUUGCCGGAAAUCAGAAAAAUCUUAAGCAAUCUUGUUUCAAGCUAAUAGAUUGAGAGAAUGAAAACGAACAGAGCAGUCCAUAUCUAUUGUCAAAAGUGGUAAUAAAAAGAUUACAGCAUGGAAACAAGCUUGAAAAGACAUGAACAUAUAAUGCUACCUGAGAAUAUUGCAAUGGUUGAUUGGUUUUCAUUUGUUUCAUUCUAUUCUGUUAACCAGAUUCACGAAUUAAUUUCUGUUGUUACACGAGGUCUUUUGUGAGUCAUGAUAGAUCGUCUGAGAGACACGACGUUUAGUUUGCAUUUGUUAGCCUAGCCGGAAGAUACCCCAGCCUCAUAAGAGCAGAAACUUCGAUUUUCGGGAAGGCGAACAAAUUUUCACACGACGCGUAAUUGGAUGGAUGAUGUUUGAGCUGACUCUAAACAUUAGCGGGUCACCAUGGUGAACUGAACAUGGUUCCUUUUCGUGACUGGAGCCGCACAAGCUUUUCAUAGCAUUUUACUUUUCUAUCUAUUCCUGAACUUGAUAAAUAGAGGUCGCGUUGUACAACGCAACUUCUAAAGUUAACAUCGUUGUAAAUAGAAAACGUUAAGUCGCCAACAGGGUGAACGACUCGAUCAAUAUUUUAAUUCUUAGAAACACGAGCUAAGAGUUUUCAGAGCUAAUAGAGAGCAAAUAUCGAUACCCCUCGUGUGAUUUUUUACACAAGCAAAACAGAUAUGCGCAGAUUUAAAACGUUCUAUUCUGUUCAGAAGCAGCCAAAGUUUAUAGACCUUUCCACCCACAGAAGCGAUCAACGUGCAACGUCUCCUUUCAAAGUCUAACUACUAUCAAGUAAACAGUUAACGAGAAUUAAGGAAAUUAUGAAAUGGAGAUAUUAAGUCGAUCUAGGUGGGACCUCCCACAAUUUAAAGCUAACGAAGUGUUUGGCACUCCAAGGAGAAUGUCUGUAUAGAUCUUGGGAGAGAGUCAUGAAAAAUUGCGUGCGUCACGACAGCCUGCGCAGCAGGAGACUCCGCUGUCCAAACUUCCACAAGACAGCCAGACACGCAAAGUACUUGGCGCACGCUGAAAGGCGUGAUUCUUCAUCGAUGUAUAUGCAGCGAAAUCAUAAUGCACACCAGUCUCUUGGUUACUCAGUAAUUUUCUUUUACUCUAAAGCGCGUUCAAUGAAAAGUCCUCGCUUUUGAGUAAAACUAAAACCAAAGGAUUUAAAAAGGCCUGUAAUUAAAACAAAGGUCGAUGUGACCCUGAUAUCACACGGAGCUAUUGUGAGCUUAAAAAAAAUUAAAAAGAAAAGCAAGGCAAAUACUGCUUGGAGCGGGGGAAAACGCGAGUGACCACGCAGGGUCAGUUUUGAAUCUGAUUGGAUGAGAGGAUAGUUUAUCUAUUUUUGACCAAUCACCGAGUGAAGAGGGGAAACCAAUGCGAUCCAGGAUUACUUUUAACUCAUAGUCAAAAAUGUUCGUCAUCAGAAGUCUAUAAACUAACUAUUGUUUUCAUAUUUGUCGCCAGGAAUCAUUCAGCGUAGGAUCGUGCCUUUGGAUACGUUGAUUCGCUUUAAGCAACGAAGAACACGAUUUGAAACAUUGCUCUUAGAUUUGAUUUGAGCAAUGAACAAUUCUUCUGUUCAACCGACAAAGAUUCUAAAUCAGGAUCUGUCUUGUUCUGAUGCAGUGACCACGUUAUUUACAGUACUUCUUUCCAUUGUAACACUAGCGGCUUUUAUUGGAAACUUCGUUGUUAUAGUAUCCUUCAUCAAAACCACGAGCCUUAAAACUAGUACUAACUAUUACAUAGUCAACAUGGCAGUGUCAGACCUUUUCUGCGCAUGUUUCAACUGGCCGCUGUUCGCAGCUGAGGGGAUGUUAACAAGUCGACAAUUUAUCAGUGAUCAUUUGGCUUCAGUUGUUUGCAAACUGGGAAUGUACUUCAGAGGAAUAUCACAAGUGGUGUCGGUUUUGAGCUUGGUUCUUAUCUCUGUGGACAGAUAUGUGGCUAUUGUAUUCCCAUUAAAGAUCAUAGUGUUGGAUCGUAGAGGAGUACGACUUGCUUUCUUGACUCUCACCUGGAUUAUACCGAUAGUUUGUGGUUUCCCGUAUGUUAUUUAUACCGAAGUUGUCAAAGUCGACGAUAAAACUUUCUGCAGAACUGUUUGGAGCAGAUUGCUGAGAGUAGUCUUUAACUUUAUAGGUUUUGUCGUAUUUUAUUGUGCGCCAAUUUUUGUAAUGACAAUCCUUUAUGCUCGCGUUAUAAAAACUGUUAGGAAUCGUCCAGAUACAGCAGAUAAGACACAAGACCAGAUGAACAGCAAGAGACAAAAACAGCAUCAGAAGAUCACGAAAAUAUUAAUAUCGAUUGUUGCGGCAUUUUUCGUCUGUUGGACGCCACUUUGUAUAUAUCUGUCGCUGAAAAUGUUCCAUCCGGAUCUCAUCGCGAAAGACAAAUGUUUGGUUUUUGUGGCUCUGUUUUUCUAUUUGUUUCCAUCUUUUAGUACAGCAAUCAACCCUGUCAUUCUGUUUCUUUUUAGUUCAAAUUACCGCCAGGCAUUGACGAACAUGAGCCUUCAGGUGUACUACUUCUUUAACAAAAAAUUUCGCGUGCUUGGACAUGCAAAUAGGCGUGUCGGAUCAUCGCACGGGCUGGACAAUGUUGUUUUGACUGCAUAUGUCCGUGGAGAAACUGCUUCUACCAUUUGUGUUAAAUCUUAGUGAAAUCCCGUCUAGAGUUCGAUCCUUGUAACACCCAAUGAUUAAUAUCAUUAUGCAAUUUCAACCCACUAUCUCUUGAUUGGCCGUAAGCAUACUGGGAAUUCUCGAAAUCAGCGCCUGGGACGUCAUCCACCUGCAGAUUACACAUGUUAUCUAGCUGCAGAUUAUCCUAUGGACCCUUAAGGUCAUGGGUAAUCAUGUCAUGUAUAACCGCGGUGCAUGAUUUCUAAGGAUAAUCAUGUCAAAUACGCGUACUUUCUGUUGCUCACUGAUUUGCAUGUUUUUAC